GUUCGUUCGGUUUAGAACUUGUUUUGAGGUUUUGGUUGCUUGCCGGCUGCUGAUCGACACUUUCUUUCUCUGGUUCCGUGCGAUAUUCCGACUGGGGAAAUAGUGGUGUGUAGGCGGCGUUUUCAUAAAUAGUCGCCUCGGUUACCGUUCCGUCCUGGUGGUCACCCAGGUUCGUUUGUUCGAUCAAACAUUUGACGGUGCGAAGUUUUACCGGUAUCGUUUUGACGUUCGGUUGGUGCCGCUCGUUCCGGUCGUCAUCGUCGAGGCGAGUGGUGGUCCGUCGAGUGUGUUGUAUUCUGCAGAAGGGUCACUAUUCUGGCCGUUCAGGCUUCAGUUUUUUGUCUGUGACCGAUCGGUGGUGUGUGACGGAAGUACGGAACCUCUAUUUUUUUUCGUUGUUAUUUCGCGUGUCCGCAUGUUCCUACACAUUGUGUAUUGUGUUUUCGGAUUCACGUUAACUGAAAGGAAGUUGAUUGAAUAAUUGCAUUUUUGUUUUGUUCGCUCAUUUCGUCGGGUUUUGGGGGCUUGUGUUGGCAAUUUUGCGCAACGACAACAGUGGAAAGGUGAAUGAUUCACCGUUUCCCAGCACUAGGCAUUCAACGUUCAGUUCGAUAGCCAGCCAAGCGGGCUCGGUGAGAAAUAGUUGUUGCAACAACAACAACAACAAGGAAUACAGAAAAAAUAAUAAUCCAAGAGCCAAGCAGUGAAGUGGUUUGCGUGAGUGAUCAUCAAAUAAGUGGACCGAUCUUGCAGGUGUGUUUUAUUGGUGGUUGUGCGCUAUAGAAAAAGUGUUGGAUAAAAGAAAAACGAUCGGUGAAGUGCCAUACAACAUGAUCACCGCCGCGUUCAGAUGGGUUGGUGUUGGUGGAGCCGUUGAUCGAGGGCCAAUCGGCACCACCACCACCACCGCUACAGCGUUUCUGGUACUGCUGAUGGUGGCAACCGUAGCGUCCAGAACACCGAUCUCGAUGACUUUGGAGGAGCACAUAAGCGACGAUCCGGAUUUGUCACAGUUCUACGAUCUUAUCGAGAGGAAUCCAAUUGCUUCGGCCGCCCUGAAGCUGCGAGCGUUGACCAUCUUUGCUCCGACCAAUCAGGCGUUCCAGCGUUAUCUCGGCAAUAAAACGGUGGUGCUGUAUCACAUCUCGACCGUUGCGACACCCCUCGAGCAGCUCGGCCCGAUGAUUACGUCCGACUACGACGGCAACCCGCCGAUCUACGUGACCAGACGGAGACAUCUGAACGGCACCGAAGACAUCUACGUCAACAAUGCCAAAAUCAUCCGCCAGCGGUCCAACGUACAACUGACAAAUCAGCACGGCAAGAAGCAGGUGUUGCACAUUAUUGAUGACGUUCUGACACCGUUGACAGUCAAUCCAUCAACCUCGUUCGAGCUGUACAAUCCCGAUGCCUUCCAGUUCAUUCAGCAUGCCGAGAAUCUGGACAUCAAUCAACAUCGAAUUCGCUCAUUCCGCCAAAAGAUUGUGAUGGUGAGAAAGGAGGACAUUUACAAGGCGGUCGGUGGUCAUACUUUCCUGAUUCCAGUUGAGGAAGGUUUCAAGCCACCACCGCGCCCAGACAUGAUUGAUCGCAAGGUCAUCGAUGGACACGUGAUUCCUAAUCAUGUCAUUUUUACGGCACCGGCACCGCUCGACGACCCGCUGGAAACGCUUGCGUUCGAGGACAAUCUGAAGGUGACGGUUACCUUCUUCAAACAGGGCGAAGGAAAGAAUGCUAAGGUCUACGUCCGCUCAAACACGGUGAUCGGCGAUUCGCGGCACGCAUCCGGUGCCGUACUGGCGGAGAUCGUCAAAGCCAACAUACCGGUCCGCAACGGAGUGGUCCAUCUGAUUCACCGGCCGCUGAUGGUCGUGGACACCACGGUGCUGCAGUUCCUGGAGCAUUUCAAAACCCACGACUUCUACAUUCACGAUUCGGAAGAAGACGAGUACUCGGUUUCGCCCAGCGGGCCCGAAAAGGAAAAAGAAGACGGACCGCUGUUCAAGUUCUACGAGCUGAUCGCCGAUUAUGCGCCGGACUUUUUCAAAACCAUGGCCAACCUGCAGCAGAUGACACUGUUCGCACCGAGCAACGACGCCCUGAGUCAUCCGAUUGUCCAUAACUUCAUACGUAAUUUAACUCAAAACAUAACUAGAGGUUUCGACGGAAACGAACAUUCGCUUGGGAAUCGUGAUAAGCUGCGAGAGAUUCUCAACCUACAUCUGGUACGCGACAGUAUCACGACGGACAAAAUCCGCAAGAACAACCAAAAUCAGAUCUACCAGAUUCCGACCGGGGCGGAUAAAAAGUUCCUGUACUUCAACGUCAUCACCAACCGGUACGACCACAACCAGACGAUUACGGUUGAGGGCGGUGGCGUCAAUGCAACGAUUAUACUCAGCGAUAUCGCCGCUACCAACGGCUAUCUGCACAUCAUCGACCGGGUGCUCGGCAUUCCCUACAUGACCGUCCAGGAGAAGAUUGAAACCGACCCGAUGCUAAACCUCACGUACCAGUUCGGACGUCUGAACCAGUUUAACGAGCAACUGAACAAAACGACGAAACGCUUUACCUACUUCAUCCCCCGCAACAAGGCAUGGAUGCAAUGGUUCCAGGAGCACCAAGGGGCCAACCUGAACAGUUUCCUGACCGACAUUUACCAGACAAGAUCCGUACUGGAGCGCCAUCUGGUCGUAGCGGACCGAGUGUUUACCAUGACGGACCUGAAGAGCAUGUCCAACGAUUCGCUCAUCCUGCCAACGGUUGGACCGCAUAACCUUCAGAUCCGAGUGAAGGAGGAGGAUCGAACCGAAGACGACUAUUCGAGUUCGUUGCAGUCCGGAUUCUUCAUCCAGUGGAAGGAGACGGGCAAGUGGAUUCCGGUGUUCCGACCGGACGUCGAGUGCACGAACGGUAUAAUUCACGUGAUCGACAGCCCACUGGUGCGGGACCAUGACAUCACGACCAGCGGGACCAGCAGAAACAGCUACGGAACCAUCGUGCUGACGUUGGCCAACACGAUCCUGCUGGCGGCUAUGGCAUUCCUUUAAGGAUGGUCUGCCCGAUGGAUGGUAGCUAGCUAGGAGCUUCGUUUAACUAUAGAUAUUCGAAAGUGUAACGGAGAAUGAACAACAGCAACAACAACAAAAGUCGAAAAAUUACAAAAAUAAGAAGAAGAAGAAGUAAAAGGAUUCCAACGGCAUGGAGAUAGACAAUUCAAGCAAGCAUCGUAGACUCUGCCGGGGUCCUCUAGGAAUUCGUUCACUCAUUCACUGGCAUGAUGGUAGCGACCGAAAUUGUGAAGCGUGGAAACAAGCAAAAAAGACGACAACUAAGACUAAUAUUAGAUGAUGACGAUGUGGAUUAUGUUUUAGCUAGUGACAUCUAUUGAGGGAAAUCCCUACCGUUCGGCAAACAUUUCUCUACCCACAUGAACCGACCGAGCUGCAGUUCCGAGAAAUGAAAAUAUUUUCCUUGCUAUCUUUCACGUCAGAAAUUUUCUCCGAGAUGCUUCGGUCGUGUCGGAAUCACCGCGUUUAAAGUAGUAGAAUAGAAUCGAAACCAGAAGCUUACUCGGUCGGUCAUAUUUUCACUCGAAGGCAAUCGAAGGUUGCUUUUCUACGGUUUCUCCACGAAAACCAAACAUUAGGAUAAGUAAUAAAAACCAGUAGGCAUGAGGAUCGUUUUUUUUUUGCGCUUUCCCGCUCACAAUAUAGAAUCUCUAGAAUCCUCACACUCACACAAACACACACAAUGACACUAAAGACAAAAUACUGCCGAAAAAUAUUGAAUCAGACGAUCGAAUUAAUACAACAGGAUCUUAAACAGGUACUUUUCACCGUAUAUAAAUUAGAACUUAAAUUAGCAUAGAUUCUACUUGCAUUCAAACAUGGACUGCGUCAAAAAGUAUUUCCGGAUCGAUUUCGGAUCCAUGUCGAGACAACAACAAAAAAAAAUAAAUCAUCACAACUCGCCCUGUCCACAGUCCACUCCAUGAUGAAUCCAGAUAGCAAAGGUAGAAAAAAAAAGUCCGAAUCGCUGAUAAAUUAAUGGAAUUGGUGAGAAAAUAUAUUGAUAUUAAUUUUGAGGAAGAACUCUUCCGGUUCCCUUAUAACAAAUCCCCUUCCCAUUCCAGUUUGCUAGCGAGUUUUUUCUUCUACUUUUUUCCAUUAUUUAUUAUAAUCUAACUGUCUGACAUUCGCGAAUACACAGGAAAAAAAAUUCAGUAUGCUGAGAGUGUUUUCUAGAAUGGCCUGAGAGUGUUUUCUAGAAUCGCCAGUAGAAUAACCGUUAUGUACUGUAUGGAACUAGGAUAAGAAAAAAUGAAUUACGGAGCGGAUCCGUUUUCUUUUUUUUUUUUGGUAUUGAUUAGAGAUAAUUGAAUCAAAAGGAAUGUCGCGAAGAAUGCAGCAAACGAUGUACGAUAAAGUUUCCCAUUCGCAUGGAUUUCCGUUGUCGCUGUUAUUGUUUGUUUUGAAGUGAAACCAAAAAGCAAUGAAAUGGGACUGGGAAACAAGAAUUCUUGCAAGUAGGAGGCAGUUUCUCAUUUCAACUCCCGGUUUGUUUUACUGUAUUACAAGUAGAUGGUAAAGCUUCUCAUAAAUGCGAUGUGACACCUGAUGCUACAAGCGAACUGAUUGAAGCAUAUAUAAAAUAUGGAAAGAGAAAUUCAAAUGAAUCACAGGAACAAGAAUAUUUCGAGGAUAAGAUUAAGAAAACAGCUUGUCUAGUCCAAUUGAGCUCGAACGAUAUUUUUGGCUUAUUAAAUAACUUCAUGUAAAAGGACAAGAUAGUUUUCAUAAUGAAUAUGUACUUUGAUUAGCAACAAUGCUUGUGUGGAGUACCUUUUUUAUAGCGAGUUUGAACCAUAUUCAGAGAUUCCAGAUCUGCAGAUUUAUCUGUAAAUCUGAAGAUUUUUUCGCUGCAGAUUUUUUUAAAGAUUUUCGCAGACAUUUGUCAAAAUUGGCAAAGCCAAAAUUGGUAUAGCAUUUCUUUUAGUGUAAUUUGAUCUUCGGUUUCAACCACUCAAAUAAAAAUUCACGUUCGAUUCACUUGAAAAAUCACGUAAACUGGUUUCAAAUGUCAAAUUGAAUAUUUUACGUGACGAAAAUGAAUGUUACACGAACAUCCCCUAAAAUGAAUAGAGCCAUCACAUAAGAUUUACGUGAAUCGACCAAACGUCAAACAAUCUACGUGAAUUUCCAGUGUGAAAAACUCGAUUUCGAAAAUGGCGAACAGUGGCCCUCAAAGUGCGAGAAAUGUUAUUUAAUCACAAUUUUUUACUACAUCGACCGGACCAUUCCAGUAUGAAAGUUUCCAUGUGUUCGACUGGACCGAGUGUCUGCGUGAGUCCGGAAGUGUGCCGGCUCCUGUUGAAUGCUUCAAACAGGCCGUUGGUCUACCGAAAAACGAGUUCAGAAUCGGUAUGAAGCUAGAGACAUUGGACCCAUGUAAUGCGAACUCAACCUGCAUUGGUAGUGUUGUGGGAGUUCUCGGAUCUCGACUUUGGCUUCGGUUGGAUGGCAGUGACAACAAAACGAUUUCUGGAGGCUUGUCGAUUUGAGAUCCUACGACGUUAUUAGUUGCUUUUUAUUUUCAGCCGUUAAAAUUCUAUGCUAAUUUUCUGAAAUAAAUGCUUUAUUUUUCUUGCAUUUUUCAUUUCCUAGAUUUAUAUAAAUAUCUAUCUCCCUUUUGACUUCAACCAGCAUAUAAAAUAGUAAUUCUCUGGUAUCUAAAUUUUACAUGAACUGAUAGGUAAAUGUGAUAUGAGCAGUACAUUAUAUUUUACCUAUGAAACACGUAGCUUUUACUGGAUUAUUCAUUAAACAGUUUUUAAUUGCCAGUCCAUUAAAAUCUACGUGAAAAGUAGGAUGGAAAAUAGUCACAUAACUUUCCACGUAACUAUAACAUGAUUAUUAUUUUGAGUGACAGACUUCGCAGUCGAUUCAUUGCAUACGAAAUCGUCAAAAUUGGCACUUUUAUGUCGUUUUCGCAUGCGAAAACUAAAACUGAUCUAGAGUAGUUUCCUCAAGUAAACACUUUUCACGAAACUGUGUUGGAUUCUCACUUAGCAACACUUGGAACUAAAAUCAGGUUUGAAACUGAUUCGGUUUUCAGUUCAACAACGUUGAAACUAGGUUCGAAACUAGCUUCAAACAAACGGUUUGACAGCAGUUAGAGUGGAAAAUGGGUUAGGUUUGGGCGUCCAGCAAAAAUGACAUCAGAAUUGCCGCGAUUUAUUUUUCUCGCCAAGCUCGUUUGCGUAUAAAUGAAGUUCAGCUAUUAAAAUGCCAUCGUAGGAAGCUUUGCUUCCUUUUUUCAUUGUCACAGCAAACAUCAGUGACAGUUCAGUAGGACUCGUAAGCAAUGCCGAACGCUGAUGCUUUUGCAUAUGCUUUACUCGAAAAUGUUCACCGAGCUUAAGCAUGCGAUAUCAACAGCAGUGUAAGUGUAAAAAGUUUCAUCAAUUUGUAAGAAAAUGGCAGAAAAUACUGUUAAAACUAAGUCGAAUAAAAGACCAAAACCAGUAACAACUAAGCUGUUAUUUUGGAAAACACGAAGGAGGUGAGUUUGAUUGUAUAUAUGGAUAUCGAUGAAUGUAUAUGAUGCGCACAGAAAUUCUUGGCGCGAAUCUUUAUUAAUUUCUACAUAACUUUAGCAUCCGGUACUGGUAAACUGUCAUUCUAGUUUAAAGAGCGGAACGACCGAAUUAAAACCGAUUUUCUGAAACCUUUGACGUAAGCAAAAAAGCAAGCAUCCAAAGCACAUGCCUACUGUGGUUCUGCUAUAAUCAUGACUUGAGCUUUGAAACUUAUUACCACAUUUUCAAUGGUUUUUAACCAUUGUAAACAAUUUCUAUUCCAUGCAAUUGAAAUGUGUGAUGUAUUAUUUCGUUUUGUUGUAAUAAGAAAAUACUAAUGAUUUUUCUCACAGAUUUUAUUUGAUGGAGUAAAAAAAAAACGACGUUGUGUUCUAACACCUCGUUGUUCGUAUACAGUUUCGAUCACAAAUUUUUGAGUGACACUUCAGAGAUAAACAGUCAGAAGAAUACGAAUUUCGCUAAAUUUCGGAACAUCGAAAGAAGUAUCAGCUAUAUCAAGUGGCCGUUGAGCCGUUGAUAAAAGUUCGGUUAAGCAAAUCACGUCUUCUAGGUGGACACUAAUUAAGCCAGUCAGCAUCCAUGGAUUACCGUUCGCAGCCCUCGAAUGGGAAGGACUCCGGAAAGUAAUUGAUCUAUUGCUGACAGCGCACGAUUUAUUUGUAAAUAGACGGAGUAUUACAACACACCUAAAAAAUACCGCUAUGGUGCUAGAUCAGAUAAUUGCUGACGAAACAUCUCAGAAGAUGGUUUGCUUGAAACUAGAUACUGUUCAUUUAGGGAUUAGCCAAAUUUUGUGCUAUGGCACAUAACCGUUUUUAUUAUUUUUACGUUUCUUCUUUGACUAAUCAGUGCAGAGCAGUUCAAAUUGAACUGCUUAUUGCUAAACUCGGCAGUUCAAUUUGCACCGCUAAGCAGACAUAAAGUUUCUGCUACUUACAGAACACUUUUUGUUUUGCAACGAAGUGCAAUGUCUUUUCUGACGUGCCGAACGAAAAUGUGCUUUCGACUAUUUCUGGCCGAUGCAGGUUAGUCGAAUAGUCAAAAACACGUUUUCGUUCGGCACGUCAGAAAAGACAUUGCACUUCGUUGCAAAACAAAAAAUGUUCUGUAAGUAGCAGAAACUUUACGUCUGCUUAGCGGUUCAAAUUGAACUGCCGAGUUUAGCAAUAAGCAGUUCAAUUUGAACUGCUUUGCACUGAUGAGUCAAACACGAAACGUAAAAAUAAUAGAUACUGUUUCUAAAAUGUACAGAAGGUUUUUGGGAGUAAAUUUCCAAUAUCUGUCGGAAGAGGGCAUAAUCGUAAAACGUACACUCGGUAAGAUUAUCUUUUCUCGAUUUUUUAAAAGUUUCUUCAUAUUUUGAUUCAAUAUUUUGCCAGUUGUAACAUAAUCUUUAACAAGUUCAAGAAAAAAACAUUUGUUAAUAUUGUUUAAACAUCGAGUAUCGAGUUUACAAUAAAUCAAACGAUCAAUUUCUCAUAUAGUGCCGUCCUACGUUCACAGAAAAAAUAAUUUAAUACGAACUUUUAUUGAUUGACCAAUCAAUGGAUCACCGAAUUGGCAGUAGUCAAAAAUUUCACAAUUUUUCAUAUAUGUCCACCUUACGCUCGCCAAAAAUGUCCGAGAAAUUUAAUUUUGUUAACUAUUGAUUCAUCGAUUAGUUAAAAAAUGGACUUUUCAUAAGUCAAAAUAUUUACAAUUUUCUAUAUUGAGCUGCUGGAAAUGUCCAAAAUUACCAUACUCAGCUAAGCUAUCCAAACACUUUAACGACCUGCCGCAGCUGACAAAGUUCGGUUCAUCCGAAGCAAACAGUCUAUAGUACUCGAAUCGGAUGUUCAUGAACAUACUAGUAACGAUCAAUGUAAUAAAACUUCAUUCAAUUCAAUUGAAACCGAAUUUGAAACACACUGACGAUCUCUCUACUGCAGUAAAUUCCACACUCUGAUCAAAUAUCAUCAAAUCAAAGCUCAGUUUAACCACCGUCAGUUGAUCUCUUGCAGUAACAAAAUAUCUCUUUCGAUAGUGUGAAAGCGGCAUUCAAAUGAGGUUUAUGUAAACAUUCGAAUUGGUUCAAGAUAAUAGUCAGGUAGCUGAAAUAUAAAUUACAGAAUACACAUAAAUAAAUUGUUUCCUUCUUCAGUUUUCAUUUUUCGAACUUUACUCCAUUUAUAAUUCUAUUCAUUCGAACUUACUCACUACCAACAGCGAAGACAAUAAAGCAGCUAGACUAUUUGGUCAGUUUCAAGUGCCAAAGCAAAACUACAAAUGACUAUAGGUACGAUUAUUCAACUGAUGAUGAAUUCUGGGAGCUUCACUUGAAAAUGACAGCAAAAGUCAAAUGAAUUUGUAUCGACAUGCUGACGGUCAGUGGCGAUAAAUUUCAGUUUUUUUUUUUUUUUUUUCAUAAAUACGUUUAUUUCAUAGGCAAUAUACAUAAGUUUUUCUUCGCCGUGGCAUCCACAAUACAUAGUAGUUUAAACCUAAUACAUUUCGAAUAUCAAAAUUUCAGUUUUCAUCUGAUAUUAUUCGAUUGAAAAUGAUAUUUUACCGCACACAUCUGAUAUUAUUCGAUUAAAAAUGAUAUUUUACCGCACUGGUAACGAUAGGCUCACACAAACUAAAGCAUCGCUUCUUGGUUCGGUGAAGCUUGCUCGAACGAUGGUAUCGGCAAAUUUAUACUCGCGAUGGUGGUUCGCUUUUUGGUUCGGAACGAACAGGUUUUGCGAUUGAUUCAACUUGAGGCAACUUGAGGCAACCAUGAGACAAAGUCUGCGAAAACCAUUCCUACUGAACUGUCAGCCAUCAUAAACUUGAGUUUAUUUGUGUCGUAACGGUUGGAAAACCCCAAACUAUCAAUUUAGUUUUGUUUUUUGUUUCUAACGAAGGCGAACAUCGAAAAUCCAGCGAAUUUGAAAUUCUGUCUCAAAUCGUUUCACCAACAAAAGUUCCCCUACCGAUUCGACCAAAUGUAUGCCAAUGUCCGUCCUGUCCAAUACUGCCAAUCAUUCCACGCGGAAUUUAUUCCGAUCUGACUUUAUGACUGUUAACUGAAUAAAAGUGCUUCACUAGUUCUGCUAUUCGAUAGUUCAAAAUUAACCGAUUGAAAGUCCCUGCUCCACAUCAAGAUGAAAAAAUCAAGAAGCAUUUAUUUGACCUAACCUCAAUCAGUUAGUGUGCCUUAUUGGAGAAAGUGAUGAAUCGAUACAAAAAAUUAUUGCAAUGUUAUAAGUCUAUCCUUCUUCCCGAAAACCUAUGCUCUCUGUUUUCCCCAUCCCCCCUCGUACGGAACUGGAAUGGACAUUGGCGUCUAUUUGCGAACCAAAUUAGAUUUAGUACAAGUAAAUAGACUCAUUCUAGAGAUUUUCGUUAGGGUAGUACCGACUAAAAUGAGCAGUAAUAAGAAAGAAAACGAAAGCGAAAUCAUUAAUGUGACAAAUUUGUUUGUAACGUAGUUUAAGUACACUUAUUGCCUUUUCAUAUGAAAGAUAAUAAGGUUAAAUCAUGAGCUAUUUUAAUGUCAGAUGAUAAAGUUUAACCUGAUUGAAGGAACACAAACCGAACUACGGAAGGUAUUUUGAAUACACCGCGCUGUUCGGGACGUAUUCGCUUUUGUUUCUAUCACUCCUAUAUUCUAUAUUUCAUUAAAUCGUGAUGAGAUCUAUGUAUUUUUUGUGCUAAGAUUAUUUGGAGCAUUUACUGAAGAUUGCGAAGAAGCUGAUAUUUAUGCUGUAGACGCUGAAGCACAUAAGAACGUAUGUUUAAGAGCUAUAUAUUUUUAAAACGUACACGUGUUAGUUGAGUCAGUGCUAUUUUCGAUAUUAUGUCUAAUAGAAAUAAACCAAAAACCUAGCCGAUUGGAACGAAAGAUUAAUUUUAUAGUAGUAUCAGAAGGUGUUUGCUUGUAAUCACGGGUCUACCGCACUCGGUUGACACCAGAAGCUGAGGAAUUGCAUACGGAAUUGUGUAAAAACAAAAAAAAACUAUGGAAGCGCUAAUUACAAACCUUAAAAAAUAAAACAAAAACCACGACGGUUCAUCCAUUUUCUAGUUCAAAAUGUAGCAGAACCCAAUUUUUCGAUAUCUGGAAUGAAUGGCAAAAAAAAAAACAAAACAAUAGUAAAAUCGUUGAUGUAAUGAGAAUAAUUCAAUUAAAAAAACCAUUGUUACGAACAAACGAAAAGUGGGUUGAUGAAAAAAACAAAACAAAUGAAUAUAAACUGUAUCGAAUUCGUAUGGAAGUGAUUGUAUAAAUUAUCACGUAAGUCCAACUCAGUAGCUUACUAGAAUUUCGAUGUAGAUAAAACAAAACAAAACAUAAAAAAAAGACACACACACACACAUUAACAACUUUACACAUUCAGAAUUGCGCGGAAAUAAUCCAUACCCGGAGACUAUGUGAAUCAAAUGAAGCGAUAAUAAACUAUUCAUAAAGCUAAGAUUGAUAUAUGAAA